AGACUCCGCCCCUAGGCGGGGCCUGGACGCGGCCAGAGAAGAGCAGCGCUGGUGCUGGAGCCUCAGCCCUCAGGCGCCACUGUGAAGACAGGACAGGACCCGACCCGACCGCAGAGCCCUGCCCCGGCCCCCUCCGCUCCCUCCCGCCGCCAGGUCCUACUGUCCCGCCGACCUUACGGGAGCGAACCCGUCGUCCCGCACUCGGAGUCCGCGAUGGCUUCAGUGACAGAUGGUAAAACUGGAGUCAAAGACGCCUCUGACCAGAAUUUUGACUACAUGUUUAAACUGCUUAUCAUUGGCAACAGCAGUGUUGGGAAGACCUCCUUCCUCUUCCGCUAUGCUGAUGACACGUUCACCCCGGCCUUUGUUAGCACUGUGGGCAUCGACUUCAAGGUGAAGACGGUCUACCGUCACGAGAAGCGGGUGAAACUACAGAUCUGGGACACAGCUGGGCAGGAGCGGUACCGGACCAUCACGACAGCCUAUUACCGUGGGGCCAUGGGCUUCAUUCUGAUGUAUGACAUCACCAAUGAAGAGUCCUUCAAUGCUGUUCAAGACUGGGCUACUCAGAUCAAGACCUACUCCUGGGACAAUGCACAAGUUAUUCUGGUGGGGAACAAGUGUGACAUGGAGGAAGAGAGGGUUGUUCCCGCUGAGAAGGGCCGGCUCCUCGCAGAGCAGCUUGGGUUUGAUUUCUUUGAAGCCAGUGCGAAGGAGAACAUCAGUGUAAGGCAGGCCUUCGAGCGCCUGGUGGAUGCCAUUUGCGACAAGAUGUCUGAUUCGCUGGACACAGACCCCUCGAUGCUGGGCUCCUCCAAGAACACGCGUCUCUCGGACACCCCACCGCUGCUGCAGCAGAACUGCUCAUGCUAGGCAAGGCCCACCUUCCUGACCUCCCCUCGUUGUGGCCCCACAUCCAGUCUGCUUCUCCCUGUUACACACUGUCCACUCUCAGCCCCGACCAAGAUGAGCUGCUGCUAUUCUUUGCCUGCCCCCAGGGUUCUCUGCAGAUGUUCCCAGUAAUAGAUACUCAGCACUAGACUAACAGAACAGGUCACUACAUGGGUGGAGAUUCACUUUGCAAAAGAAGACUCUGUUUUAUGAAGGGGAUUCACUACAGGGACUUAAAAGCAGUCUCUUCUCUGCCUUUAAAAUGAGAGUUCCUCCAUUUACCAAAAUUUGACACACCCACAUUCUUCAGGGGCAUGCCAAUUGCGUAAAGUGAGGCUCGCCUGCAUAGCUAAUCCUAUUAAAGACAACUUCCCAAAGCACAACGUGCUUGUUUCCUAUCGGGCUCCCUGUGGGGCUUUCUCUCACUACAAGUCAAGCUUGGGCUCUCAAAGCCCUGUGCCUGUUACCACGGAUGCCCACAGGGCCUGGGCAGUUGCUGUGGUGACAGGCAGAGCUAAUCUUCAGAGAGCUCAGACUCUCUAAUGAUGCUGAAGGAGCAAAGGCUGAGUCAGAAACACACUUAAGAGAAAAUGAUUAUCCCCUACAGAAUGUCAGAGGUUCCUGCUAUAGGAAAGAGCAGGCACGUAUGCUCAAGAAAGACAAACAGAGAAAAAAAGAAACAGGCAAGAUCAAGACACAGAUCAUGAGUUUCUGAUUUUGCUGCUUUCCAAUUGGUUCUUAACUGUGGGAACUUAGUAAAAUUGGCGAUUGGUUCUUAGACUUCUAGAACCUGAGGAUUUUAGAGUUGACGGGAUUCCCAAAUUUACCUAGUUUGACUAGUCAAUUCUAACCUUCCUUUUUCUGACAAGUGACUAUCAAGCCUAACAACCAAAUCUCUUUCUUCUAAAGCACACCUUCUAGGCAGGGACAAGAGCUCAUUUUCCACACCAUCUUGGUUAACUCUCAUAGAAAGUUUUCCUUGCUUCAAGCUCAAAUCUGCCUCCUGGAAAUUCUUCUUCUUCCCUCCCUGUUGGUACCAGCUCUGCUGUCAGAGACUUCACAGUCUCUGCUCUCUCUGCCCUGUGACACCCUCGGACUAUUUGAGAACACGAAUCAUGACUCCUGGGACUUGCCUUUUCUCUAGGUCAAUACCUCUAUAAUUCCAUCGGCUGUUCUUCAUAGGCUCUUCUCCCCAUCCUGCCCCUUUCCUGCAAUCUAUCUUUUAAUUGCUCUUGAGCAGUCUAACUGAGAAGUGUGAUUUGAAGCAAAAUAAAUCUAAGGUGGUAUGACCCUGAAAAAAUUGAGAAAAUUGAACUAAAAGAUCCCGAUCCCAACCCCGUUCUCCUGGGAGUGAAACCUUAGUUUCUACCAGAGAGCGUGGGAAACCACUUCUGGUGGAAGCCCCUUAAUUAAACACCUGAGGAAAAAAAGAAAAGAAACUCAGAGACCAGAAUGAAUUCGCUCAUUAUUCUAGCUUGCUUGGCCACAGGGACAUAUUUGGUUUGGGCUGAAAUAAUGACAUAGAACUGGCAAUGAUUCCAGAAAAUCUUUCUUCUAUAUCAUGGUCUGAAUCCUCAGCCACCUCAAAAGUCAGCGGGCAGGGGGAGUCUCUCCCCAGUUUCUCUUCAUUUCAAAUGAGGCUCAUUGUCCUAGAAAAGUACAUUAGCUAGCAACUAGUCCAAUGACUAAAUAAAAGGACCAUCCAGGGCACUGUGGCUCACACCUGUAAUCCCAGCACUUUGGAAAGCCAAGGCAGGAGGAACACUUGAGGCCAGGAGUUCAAGACCAGCCUGAGCAAUAUGGUCAAAUUCCAUCCCUACAAAAAAAAAAAAAAAGCCACAUGUGGUGGUGCACACCUAUAGCCUCAGCUACUUGGGAGGCUGAGGCAGGAGAAUUGCUUGCACCCAGGAAUUUGAGGUUGCAGUGAGUUGUAAUCAUGCCACUGCAUUCCAGUCUGGGUGACAGAGUAAGACCCUCUCUCUCUUUAUCUCUCUCUCUCUUUCUCUCUCUCUCUCUCUCUUUUUUUUUUUUUAAAGGAGUCAGCUCUACAAAGAUGCUGCUUUCUUUGAUGCAAUGCAGAGAACAGAGCUUUGGACUUGGAAUCAGGAGACCUAGACUCUGUCAUUAAAUCAACUGUGACUCUGGACCAGUUACUCCUCAUUUUUGAGUCUUGAUUUCCUACUUAUAAAAUGAGGGAGCUUAUUUGGAUGAUCUUUAAGGUCCCUUUUGGCACUAAUAACUUGGUGACUCUUUUUUCUUACCUUCACCAUUUCAGUUGAUCACCAAACAAACCUGAGAGAUCAGGAUCGGUAUCCCAGUGUUGUCUUGGCCAACUCUGAUGUCAUGCUUACUCUGUACUAGACAUUGUUCCAAGCAUUUUACAUGCAUUAACUCAUUUAUCUUCCCAACAUCUUGUGAGGGAGGCACUACAGUGAGCCUCAUUUGAAGAUGAGGAAACAAAGGUACAAAGAGGUUCUAGCUUGACCUCUAAGGUCACAUAGGAAGUAAGUGGUAGAGCUGUAGUUCACAUCCAGGCAGUAGGUUCCAAGGUCUGUGUUCUUAACCACGUUCUGGGCUGCAUCUUUUAUAGACAAACUAUGAUCCAGAGGGAUUACGAGAAUUGGAUCACAUACCAAGAGAGUGUUAAAGCCACAUUAGGAUUCAAUUCCAAGGCCAUCAGAUUCCAAGUCCACUGGAGAAAAGAUGUAUAUCUCUAAUCUGUUAACACAUUGCUCAACUACUCAGACUAAUCCGAGGUGAUGGAUGUCUCAUGCUCAGGAAAGGCGAGUCAGUCUCUGAGGCAACAGAUCCCAUGGGCCUGGGUAGAAAAUGCCCAAUGCUUCCCAGUCCCAAGUGCUGGCUUUCCCUGUACCUGCCUCUGCCAGGCAACACUUAGCAGGCUCCCAAGCAGCAGGAGCCUCCAUGCUCCACUUUGAACAGCCUCCAUGCUCCAGCAAGGGGGCAUUUGUGAAGAGUGACUUGAUUAACUUUUCUGACCAUGGGUAUAAUACGGUUGCUUCAGAGGGCAGUGAUUCUGGGUGUGAUUUUUACACUGUAACAUUGUAUACAGUGUCACAGAUAAUUACUGGUUUUUUUCUGGUCAUUAACACUCAUCUACUUUAGUACUAGGAUUUCAGACCAAGGUUCUCAUGACCCCUGGGUAUUUUAGUAUCUGUAUCCAAUAAUCUUUUCUCUCCUACUGAAUAUUCAGGCAAAGAUCAAAUUGUUUUUUUUAAAACUGUCAAAUUCUGUAAAACUCAGGAGCCAGUUCAAGGAAACAGGCGUCUUCACAAUAGAUGGAAUCAAGAGUUAAAUGUUAUAGUGGCAAGCUCAUCUACUGGGCAACAGACAACCAGACCUACUUGUGAGAUGGCAGCUCCCCAGCCCUGCUUUGUGACCUCAUUUCUGUCGAAUGAAAGGCAGCAGCUUCCAGCUGAUUGCAGCAUAGUGGUCAUCAAUCACAGUAAUAGCGCAAUUAGCCACCAAGGUUCAAGCUGCAUAAUAUGUGUUAGUGGCAACUUGUCCUGGAUUUAAUCUUCCUAAACAAUCCAAAUAAAAUAUUUUAAAACUCUUGACUUCUGGCUGGGCGCAGCAGCUCACACCUGUAAUUCCAGCACUUUGGGAGGCUGAGGUGGGCAGAUCACCUAGUUCAAGACCAGCCUGGGCAACAUGGUGAAGCCCCAUCUCUACUAAAAAUACAAAAAUUAUCCAGGCGUGGUGGCGGGCACCUGAAAUCCCUACUCAGGAGGCUGAGGCAGAGAAUUGCUUGAACCUGGGAGGCGGAGGUUGCAGUGAGCCGAGAUCGUGCCACUGCACUUCAGCCUGGGUGACACAUCAAGACUCCAUCUCAAAACAAAACAAACAACAACAACAACAACAAAACCUCUUGACUACUAAAGAGGCAAAAGUAGGCCAAAAGUGUGAUACAGUAUUGUGUUUGUUUACAACAUCUAUUUUAAAUGCAUGUGUAUCUGUAAAUACAAAGUGAUUCGUGACUUAUUGUCUCCUCAGUCUGUAGCAUUAUUAACUUCUAGGAGCAGCAGUCGGGUAUAGUGUACUGAAUGGUCACAGACUCAUUGAUCAUCAGAUCUGGAAAGGAGCUUAGAGAAGAUCUGUUCCAGCCUCCUAUCUUAUAGAAGGGAAGGUUGACGUCCAAGGAUUGGAAGGAAAUCUCCUAAUUAUUCUGAGAGUACUGCAGUGAUGGCGCCAGGACUAGGUCCUGGAUCACCUCUAAGAAGACACUUAGCUAUUUGAGUAUGGACUAGGGCCUAGCAUUAUUAAGCACUAGAUAAAUACAGGUGAAAA